AUGAUUCCCAAUAAUAAUACUAAGUAAUCUUUUUAAGAUUUGACUAAGAAGAUCAUAUUGACUACCAACAUUCUUGUUAAUAAGAUCGAGAUUAAGGCUCAUGAAUAUUAGACCUUUUGGGAAUUACUGAAUGAAGGCUAGGAUAAUGCUUCCAUUUACGUUCUUGAAUUAUUAAAAAUUAUCGAUCAAACAGAAUACAAAAGAAAAAAGGAACCAUAUAGUCUAGAAAGUCUAUUAGCUACUUUGUUAACAAUUAGUAUGUUUAAAAAUGUGGAGAAUGUUAAAAAGUAAAGAGAUUAUAAAGAAGUCAAGUAGAACUGGGAUCAUCAUAUUGUCAAUGCCCAUAAGAAACAAUAGUUGAUGAACCCCUACUCCAUUUCAAUAGUUUGUAAUUUGCACUUUAUUUUCGAAUCUCAGCAAUUAGAAGAUAACAACUUCACAGGAUUCUUGAUUGGUGCUAUAGCCUUUAUGCCAGAUUUGUUUAAGGUCGCAAAGCCUGAAAAUAUCGAACUCAUGUAUGAUUCCUUAAAGCAACACUACCAAUUGGUUGAGCAGUACGGCAAGACUGUGAGAGUGAAAAAUGACUCGUUCUAUAAUUUGUUAUUGGAUGAGAGAUUCGACUUACAAGAAACUGGAGAGUUCAUGUUUUGCUAUGAAUACUUAAUCAAAUAGAUAAGGACCAAAUACAAGAACUCAUAGAGCAGAGUAUUUUAUGAUUCUCUCUUAAAAUACUUCAAGAUGAUUCCAUUUAUAGCAUAGGACUUCCCAGAACAAGCAGAAAAGUCAGCAUUGUCCUUGCUACACAUGACGAAAUAAUUGAUUACCUUUUAUGGGUGUGAAAUCGUUGAUCUCUUGAAAUCUCUCCUUAAUCAAAUCGAGAUCUUCAGGAGAUGGCCUUUCCCUGUGGGAGUGAUGGCAAAUGAACUAGUUUAGAUAUUGUAUCAAGAAUAGAAAUCAAGGGGAAACGCAUUUAGAAUGAAAAUUAGAGAAGAAAUUCCACAAAUCGAUUUUUUUGACGAUGAUCAAUCCCAAGAUGUCUUAUUUUAAAGUGUUUAAGAACAACAGAUCCCAAUAUCUGGAAUGGGAUAGUAGAAAUAAGAGUAAUAGAUUCUAUCAGUCUAUGUGUUUUAUGAGAAUAGAUAAAACAAUGCAAACAAUGUACUGUAAUAUGCACAAUUCGUCCUGAGAAAUAAGAAUCCCAAUUAUGCCCAAUUAUACACUCCCAAUAGUUUGCGAUGCUAUAUUUGUGCUUAAAUUUUGCAAUUGCAGCAAAAGAAAAAUCAAGGAAAGAGUCCACAAUUGUCAGCAUUCAAAGAGGUGGAUAUAUUUAAUCUGUAUUGUAAAUUAUUGACCAUUGUUGAGAAAUGUGACAACUUGGAUUCAAUAGCAGACAUAGAAUUAAUUUAUGAGAACGCUUUUGAUGAGAUAACCAAAGAAUUAAUGAAACAUACUCAAGAACCAAAUAAUGUUUAAAAAGAAGUAUAAGCAGUGAUGAGUAAUCAACUAUCCAUACCUGAUUUUCCUUUGUUUUACUUUCAUAACGUCAUCCAAAAAAGUUUCACAUUUACUGCACCCAAACAAUCCUUUCUCAAAUUUGAAUAGGGACAAUUCAUGAUUCCCAAUCAAUUAAUCAAAGAUUUUGUUCAAAGAGCCUAUGAUAAUUAUAUGCCUCUACAUACAGAACCCUUGAGAUUGUUGGUUGUAGGAUCAGAUGCUGAAAUAUUUGAAGUCUGUAUGCUACUUGGUGAAAUCUAUCAAAAGAACCCCUUAUUGCUCAGGACUCUGGAUAUUAGAGUCUUUAUUGUCCCAACUAAGGAUUGCGCUCUGGCUUAGUUCCUUGCUGUAAAGGAUCCUUGGUAUUAGAGAUACCUGUAUUUACCCUUUAUGGAGGAUAUUCUGAUCCCAAAGUUAGAGUCUAUCAAGGAGGAUAACAACAAAUACGUUUAGGAAGUCAAUAAAGUGCAAGGGUAAUUGCCAUUAGAGUAGAAAGCGUGGUGUUUGAAUACAUAUUUGAGAGAGGGGAAUAGAGCAUACAAUGUGAGGGUUUAUAAGUUAACUAUUUAUCAAAAGAAGUUGAGUUAUGGAGGAAUAGCAAUGGCAGAGCAGAAGUCAGGAUUAAAUCCAAAAAGCAAAUCUGAUGAGGUCUUGAAGAGCACCUUAUACUUUUGUUCGUAUGUGAUGUUUGGAGCAAUAGCUGAAUUUGAAUUGCAGAAGGAGAGAUCGAAGGAUGAGAAGUUAUAGAAGUUAUCGUUUUAUGACUUUAAAGAAAAAAACCUAUGCAAAUUCCAAUACUUAAAUAUCUAAAUGAUCACGGAGUAAACUGAUAUGCUGGGCAACAUUAUCAACAGUCCAAACAAGGAGGAGAAGGUCGAAAAGAUCUAGGUGCAGUUGCACAAUUGCAAAAUUAAUAAUGUUUACACAGACUUUUUUGAAGGGAAUAUGCCGAUGCCCCAUACCGAUUGGUUGGAGUUGUCUUAUAUAACCUAUGAGAAUUCAAAGUUGUUUGAUAGUGGGUUGAGACAAAAGAACAUUUUUAAGAAGCAUUCUUAAGAAUCCAUUUAAAAUGCAUUUAAAUCGUUGUUUACCAAUAUUUCGAUCACGAAGAUCAAUGUUGAGGAAUAAACCAAGAAACCGUUUUCAAUUAUUGUGGAUGGCAAUAUCUAUUCUGAUAUUGUUUCUUUCAAGAUUUGCUCAACUCAUAUGAAGAGGAAAAAGAAGAACAAUUAAAUGCAAAAAAAGGAAGGGUCAAAAGAUGAGGAGGAUGAUUUGAGUAAGUAAAAGCAUUUGAGUUCCAUAAUUCAUUUGAAUCUGCCAGUCAUGAGUUUUCUACCGUUUAAAGUUUGA